UGUGUGUGAUGAGCGAUCGCCGCGUCCCUCCGCCCGCUGCCGGCUGACACCCACCGCGCGGGGCGCGCCAGGAGCCGCAGGAGCAGCCGAGGAGCCGCGGCCAGCGCGCAGUGACCUUGGCCCAGAGUGCAGCAUCCAAAAGCGGAUCAAAUUUGUGGGACAUGGCACAAGGAAAUAAUUAUGGGCAAAGCAGCAAUGGGGUGGCUGAUGAAUCCCCAAACAUGCUGGUGUACAGAAAGAUGGAAGAUGUCGUAGCCCGCAUGCAAGAUGAGAAAAAUGGGAUUCCUAUUCGGACAGUGAAAAGUUUUCUUUCCAAGAUUCCCAGUGUCUUUUCUGGUUCAGAUAUUGUUCAAUGGUUAACGAAGAAUUUAUCGAUAGAAGACCCAGUUGAAGCUCUGCAUUUGGGAACUCUGAUGGCAGCACAUGGCUAUUUCUUCCCAAUCUCAGACCAUGUUCUAACUCUGAAGGAUGAUGGCACCUUUUAUCGAUUCCAGACACCCUAUUUUUGGCCAUCAAAUUGUUGGGAGCCGGAAAACACAGACUAUGCUGUUUACCUCUGCAAGCGGACAAUGCAAAACAAAGCAAGGCUAGAACUAGCAGACUAUGAAGCUGAGAGUUUGGCCAGGCUACAGCGAGCUUUUGCUCGGAAAUGGGAGUUUAUUUUUAUGCAAGCUGAAGCACAAGCAAAGGUUGACAAGAAGAGAGACAAGAUAGAGAGGAAGAUUCUCGACAGUCAGGAGCGAGCAUUUUGGGAUGUGCACCGUCCAGUGCCUGGCUGUGUAAACACUACUGAAGUGGAUAUAAAAAAAUCUUCAAGAAUGAGAAAUCCACAUAAAACAAGAAAGUCUGUCUAUGGCUUACAAAAUGACAUUCGAAGUCACAGCCCUACGCACACGCCAGUGCCAGAGAGUAAGCCACCCACAGAAGAUGAACUACACCAAGAGAUUAAGCACUGGCAAAUGCAAUUAGACAGACAUAGAUUAAAAAUGUCAAAAGUUGCAGAGAGUCUAUUAGCUUAUACAGAGCAGUAUUUGGAAUAUGAUCCUUUCCUUGUGCCCCCUGAUCCCUCAAACCCUUGGAUAUCAGAUGACACCACUUUCUGGGAACUGGAGGCAAGCAAAGAGCCAGGACAGCAGAGGGUGAAACGAUGGGGAUUUGGCAUGGAUGAAGCUUUGAAAGACCCUGUGGGAAGAGAGCAGUUUCUGAAAUUCUUGGAGUCAGAAUUCAGUUCAGAAAAUUUAAGGUUCUGGUUAGCAGUAGAAGACCUGAAGAAGAGGCCAAUCCGUGAAGUUCCUGCUCGCGUCCAAGAAAUCUGGCAAGAAUUCCUUGCUCCAGGUGCACCCAGCGCCAUCAACCUAGAUUCAAAAAGUUAUGACAAAACCACUCAGAAUGUGAAGGAACCUGGAAGAUACACAUUUGAAGACGCUCAGGAGCACAUUUACAAACUGAUGAAAAGUGAUUCUUAUCCUCGUUUUAUACGAUCCAGUGCCUACCAGGAGCUGCUACAGGCCAAGAAAAAGGCUGGAAGCCCACAUUCCUUUUUCCGAGGAGCCAGGAGCCACCUUGAACCGGGGAACUUCUGUAGCGCUUUGAGAGUAACCAUUCACAAAGACCUUACAGCUCUGAACUACAGCACGCACAAAGAACACUUUUUUUCUAACAACUACAAAAUGCUGCAAUAAGCUUUGCUCCAAUGAAACCUCUAUUAGUGGUAGUGGAGAUUGGUUAUGCUAGUGACUAAGGAUUUGACUAUCAGAUAAUUGCAAUUAUAUGUUCUUUCCAGAACAACUUGCAUUGUUUAAGAAGAAAAACAAACUCCAAGCAAGCUGGUCAGAGGUUUUGAAAUAUUCAGAUGCAGAGCUCCAAGCUUUAGCCACUGGGGUUCAGUGCAAAGUGCUGCUAAGCAGACAAUAGGCUCAGGAUUUAUUUCAAUGACUGAACUUACAAAUACAGAAAGUUCACAGAAAAGCCUGCUCUUGUGAACUUUCAACCAGCAUUUGCAAACUAAGAACCCAUAGAUUACUUAUAUAAUAAAUGGAUGCAUAUCUGUCCAAAUGUUUAAUAAAGAUAUUAUGUGAGAAGCAUGUAACAAGUAAUUUUCCUCUGCAGUAACAAUAUAUUUUUUGCAUUGUAUACAGGAUAGCCACAAUAGCAGUUUAAAUCUUUUGACGCUUCUAUGUUCAGAAGAUGAUAUUUUGACAACAAUUAUACCCAAAAUGCAGGUAUUAGAAUAAGAAUUUUCAGGUCAGAUGAGACUAAAAUUUGGUAAUGACUGAAUUCUCUUUAAUUGUUAUAUGCACCAUUUAAACAAGACCUUGAUACUUAAAAGUAAACUGAACUGUGCAAUAUGACCCAGUAAAACCUGUUUUUAUAAGUGCUCUUUGUACCCUGGAAGACAUGGGGAUGGUGACACUAUUGAUUUUCAAAGGCCAGCUCACCUGUUUCUGGUUACUUUGGCUAAUGGAGUGUGCGUGGCCUGGAAGGGAGAGCCCUGUUUGGCCACAGUUGCCAUGCACCCUUGCCUGCUCUCUCUGGCUCCCCUGCGAAGCGCUCAUCAAGUGCACACGAGUUACAUCCACACCAGCACAGCCAUGGUGAUUUUCAUUUCCCCGUUGCUCCCAGAGGCAUGAACACGAGCUCCAGCCCCAG